AGUUUGGUGUCUAAAACUUUUCUGUGCCCGACUUGCCUGGUGACUUCUUAGUCUAGAUACUCUAGACUCUGUUACCUUUCCUUUCUUCGUUCUUGAUCUCCUUCCUCAAACAAGAAUCUCUCCAGUUUCUCUCUCCAAAAUCUCUCUAAAGUGUUUCCAGUCUUUUGCAUUUUGAGACCCUCUGAGAAGAGUGAAGGGCUAAAGCGAUCAAUAAUGGCGACCGACGAACCAACAUGGCCAGAAUUGCUGGGGAGCAACCACUGGGAAGGCUUACUUGACCCUCUAGACCUCAACCUCCGGAAACUCAUUCUCCGUUGCGGCGACUUUUGCCAAGCCACCUACGAUGCCUUCAACAGCGACCAGAACUCCAAGUACUGCGGCAGCAGCCGCUACGGCAAGAGUUCCUUCUUCCAAAAGGUCUCCUUUCCCUCUGCUUCUGACUACGAAGUUGCAGCCUUCCUCUAUGCCACCUCUCGCAUCGAUGUCCCUCAAUCCUUCCUCCUCCACUCCCUCUCUCGUGAGGCUUGGGAUCGUGAGUCUAAUUGGAUCGGUUACAUUGCUGUCACCACCGAUCAAGUGAGUCAGGCUACCGGUAGACGUGAAAUCUAUGUCGCAUGGCGUGGAACCAUUCGUAACCUUGAAUGGAUUGAUGUCUUGGAUCCUCAUCAGGCCUCCAUCAAAACCCUUUUAAACCCAACAAAACAAAAUCAACCACUACCACUGAAGCAGCAGAAGCAUCACUGGUACGAGGCUCUGUUCUGCCACCACCACCACCACAGCAACUACGAAGAUGCCGAUGCUGAUGAUGACGAUGACGAUGAAGAUGAAGAUGAAGAUGAAGAUGAAAAGAAACCCAAGGUGAUGAAGGGUUGGUUCACCAUCUACACAUCCAAAGACCCAAGAUCCCCUUUCACCAAGACCAGCGCCAGAACUCAACUCCUCACCAAGAUCAAACAACUAGUCACUCUCUACAAAGACGAGGAUCUCAGCAUAACCUUUGCAGGCCACAGCUUGGGUGCGAGCUUAUCCAUCCUCAGUGCUUUCGACCUUGUCGAGAACGGAUUAACCACGAUCCCCAUCGCAGCCUUUGUGUUCGGUUGCCCUCAAGUGGGUAACAAAGCCUUCAACGACAUGAUCGACUCAUUCCCAAAUCUUCGAAUCUUGCACAUCAGGAACAAGAUUGAUGUAAUACCUCACUACCCGAGUAGGCUUCUGGGUUAUCGUCAUAGUGGUAUUGAGCUUGAGAUUGAUACUCGAAAAUCCCCCAACUUGAAGGACUCCAAGUUUCCAGGGGACUGGCACAAUCUUCAGGCGAUGUUACAUAUAGUUGCUGGGUGGAAUGGGGAAGGGAGAGAGUUUGAGCUGAAGGUGAAGAGAACUCUUGCUUUGGUUAACAAGUCCUGUGAUUUCCUCAAGGAUGAAUGCUUGGUUCCUGCGUCUUGGUGGGUUGAGAAGAAUAAAGGGAUGCUGCUUAAUGAGGAUGGAGAUUGGGUGUUGGCCCAACCUGAUGAUGACGACAUGCCCGUCCCUGAAUAUUGAAGGAAGGGGAAUGAUUAACUACAGGGGAUGAGGAAGAAGAAUUUUAAUGCAGUUCAAGAGUUGAUGAUGAUUGUCUUAGUCUACUGUUAGAGUAUUAGGGUCAUUGGUUUCUGAUCAUUGUUUCCUAUGAUAGGAUUACAUUCCUAUGAUGCAAUUAUAUAAGGUAUUUGAGUUAUUUAACCCAAAAAAAAAAAAAAAAAAAGUGUGUUUGAGUUAUCAAAACAGUAGCUCUGUAAAUUUUCUUUUCCAGAAUGCAAUUUAGUAUUAUCUGGUACUGGAGUUGUAGUAGGGCAGUUGCUUGGAUGAAGCGUGUUAGUACAGUAGUUUGAUUUGAUGUUUGUAAAAGGGUGAAAAAAUUGAACAUAUCUGGAAAAAAAUUGUCCGCAAUUUCGAUCU